ACAAAAGUCAUCAAGGACAUGACAGCUGCCUUUAUUCUUUGUUUGGGAGUUGUGCCUGCUCACAAAGCCACCUGCCUGCCCUGCUCUGAAGCUUUGCUUCAAUGCCCCUGCAGCUCUGUGCGCGAUCUGCUAAAUGAUCUGGCCCACAAGAAACAUUCUAAAUUCUGUUGUAGUUGCUACUCAUAAAGACAUUCUUCCUUCUAUCAUCUAUCAUCUAUCUAUCAUCUUCCCUCUACCAUGACCUAUCUAUCAUUAUCACAGCUAAUCACAAAAAUAAAAGAAUGAACAUUUCACUGCCUAAGUGUAACUAAUGCCUCUGGCGAGUUGUGUUACAACUAUAGCAUGUGUGUUUUCCCUUCAGAUUAAGGAUAUAGAAGUCCUCAACUGUGAAUAUGGCAAGAACACAAUCAAGUUCCUUCGCCUCCACAGAGAAGGGAAGAAGCACUUUGUUAAAGAAGUGGAAGUGUGCACGCAUCUCCGUCUGACUUCUGCUCAUGAGUAUCUGGAUGGAAACAAUUCUUUUGUGAUACCUACAGACACCAUUAAGAAUAUUGUCCUGGUGUUGGCCAAAAAAAAUGGGAUUUCAAGUAUAGAACAAUUUGCUAUAGAUAUCUGCAAACACUUCAUGACAACAUUUUGCCAAGUGGCAUACGUCAAAACCUACAUUCAGGAAGUACCAUGGCAACGUCAAUACCAGAAUGGCGUUCCCCACAUCCACUCAUUCAUACUCGUUCCUGAUGGGAUUCGCUUUUGCGAAGCUGAGCAGUGCCGGAACGGUCCUCUGGUUGUCUUUGCUGGAAUUAAAGAUCUGAAACUUAUGAAGACCACACAGUCUGGAUUUGAAGGCUUCUAUAAAAAUGAACACACCACUCUUCCUGAAAGGAAUGACAGGAUUUUGUGUGGAGAGCUCUUCUGCAAGUGGUCAUACGGCGAAUGCAGAGAUUUUGACUUUGACUGCAUAUGGGCCAAAGUCCGGGAAUGCAUCCUUGAGGCCUUCUCAGGGCCUCCUGACUGUGGGGAAUAUUCACCCUCUUACCAGAAGACGGUCAACUGCAUCCAGAUGUGCAUCCUUUCUCGAGUGCCACAGGUACAGAUCAUAGAAGUCAUCCUGAACAACAAUUUCUAUAAUGUGGUAGACAUGAAGGCACUAGGCUGUACCAAUGACAAAGAAGUUCUGGUUCCAGUGGAAACUCCCUAUGGCUCCUGUGCUUGCACACUUGGCAGAAAGAAGUACUUAGAAGCACAAAGCCACAUGAUGAAAGAUGAGAAGCAAAGUCGUUUUGGACUGGUUGCUUCCCAGGGAAAGUAAACUUCAGAAAUUCAGAUAUAUCAAAGUAUCUCCCUGGAACUCAGUGUGAUUUGCAGAUAGGAGCCCCCUAAAUUCUUUCAAAAAUCCCAGCUGGAAACAUUAUAGUCAAUUUCUAAAUCAGCUAUUCCCAGACUUAAUGAAUUUGACAAUCGUUAACAUGUUUUUGAUACACAAAAUAAGCAACUCUGUAUACUGUCUAUUCAUAUUCCUUAAGUAAAAUGGUUAUACAGGCACAAUACCAGAUGUUUCACUGAUGUAACCUGUGACAAGCCCUUGAUGCCACACUGAUCUGGAGAGCUGAAGUUCUGACCCAACAACCAAAUGUAGAAUCAGUCAGACGUUGAUUUCUUUGUGAAGGAAAUAAUAAAAAAAACCAAGAAUCUAGAAUAUCUUCUGUGCAGCAUGACUAGUUACAGCUGCUUACUAAUUUCUCUGCAUGUGUUUUGACUGCAUGGCUGCUGCUGCUAUUCAUCAGAAUAUAGAGUUACUUUAUAGUUACUUCUAUAUUAAUCAUUGAGGUGUUUGAGGAUUUGGGCUAUCUCUGUAAUUUUAAUUAGUUUUCUUUGGUCUAAUAAUCUCACUAUUACUUUUGAGCAGGCAGGAAUCAACCAAAGUAACCUUAUUAUUCUUAGGAAGAGACAGAAAUAAAGGAUGCAUUGAGAUAAAACUACAGAACUGGCAGUUCUCAUCUCAGAAACUGCACCUACCACAUUUGCAAUAGAAAUCCUGCUCAACUUCUAACAGCUUCUAACCACUGCUUUCAUUUUCUCUAAGUACCACUGUCACAGAACUCCAUGUGACAGGGACUUCAAAUCCAAUUGGAAGCAUCCAAAGUUAUUUCUGAAAAAUGCAGAUUGGUUGCCUUUGUGUCUCCUCAGUUUAGAGACACUGCAGUGUUCCUCUGAGUAUAGAGGCUACAUUCAGGAACACUGAAAACUGAAGAACACGUCCUGCACCAUAUCCCAUGACAGGAACUUGCCUUAGUGAAUAGGAUUAACAGAUGUAAAAAGAAGGUGCUAUUCAGAAUCCUGAGACAACACCUCAGAAAUAACAGAGCAAAUGAUACCACAGAGUGAAUCUGCCCCAGAUCUGCUGUUCUUUGGUCACUUGUUGAUUCUGAAAGCUUCAUUAGUGACACUGAUAGGUUUUACUGGGGAUGUGCAUUCUUACCUUGUUUGACUUGAUUUGUAUUGUACUUGUAGGCUUGGGCUUAUGUCUUGCUACUUCUUCUGUGUUUAGGUGCUUAUAAUUUAUUAAUUUAUCUUUCAUGGGCAAAUAAAGAGCAAUAUCAAAAACCAAACAAGUCAGUACUUGACUCUUCAUGAAAUAAGAAAUAAAACAAUUUCCUACUUGUAUACACACAUAUAAACAUUGUAUGGAAUAAUAUUUUAGUUCAGACAGUUUCACCUCAAAAAAUGACCAGCAUUGCUUCAA